UAGUCAACCGUUUUGUUGACGGUAUUCUUUCCGUGUUGUGUUAAUAGGAGUUAGCAAAGUGAAUGUGAAUGUGAGUUAUUCUGAAGAUUUACAAAAUAAAACGGCAUACAUAAACUGAAAUCUAAGUUAUUCAUAAGUGUUUUAAAAAUGGCUGCAAAAGAUUUAUUCACUGAACUAAACAAAAACUUACUUCAGCGUGUUAGUGAUGGCGUCCUAGCUUUUCGUUCUAUACACGAUAUUUACUCUAAGAGAUUAAAUGAUAUUAAAAAUAGAAUUGAAAACCAUGAAAAGCAACUGUCUCUUGAACAUGAAAAUUUAAAAAGCAUUACAGAAAAUGUUGAACCUGGACAAUUAAAAAAAGUUGGUAGUUCUUUCUCAGGCAAAAAAUCCAAUCGUCCUUUACGAAAAAUAUUGCAAGAUUCGAAUUUAAAUAAUCAACAACUAAUUAUUGAUUGUAAUAAUGCAAAACCUGUUGUAAAACUAGAAAAACUUUCUGAAGAAUUUGUCGGAUUUAUUUCUAAAAAUGAUCAGCAGCAAAAUAUUGUAAUCAAACAAGAAAAGAAGUCUCUUAAUUCUAUGCCACCACCAACUGAACUACCCAAAAGAACAAGGGCUAAGAAAAAUGCCGUUAAUGAUAAUAGUAAUUCUAAAAUUAGUAAUUCAGUUAAACGUUCACCCAGGUUUACUGAAUGUGAUUCUGAUAUUAUGAUUGAAAAACAUAACAUCUCUGUUGUUACACUGUCAGACACGUCUCUGACAGAGGAAGAGGAUCAAAAACAAUCUAAAGUAAAAGUUAAAAAUCAAAGAACUAAAAAAUGUGCUAAAAAUGAUAUCAUGUCAGAUAAUGAAUAUGUACAAUCUGUUAAAUCUGGGCCACAAUCCAAAAUUAAAAAAGAAGUUGAAUCAGAUCAUUCUGAAACUGAUAGCAAAAGUAAGACUGAUAGUAAUGAGGCAGUAAGAGUGACUCGUACAAAAACUAGGGCUAAGGCAAAGGAACAAAACAAUGUUGAAUCAGAAAAAAGUAAACAAAAAUCUCCUAAAAGUUCAAUUGAAUUUCUUAAACCUGAAGAAAUACGAUCUACGAGGUCUAAAAUGAGGACAAUGAAGCAAAAAAAAUCGGCAGAAUCGAACGAAGCAAGCAAGGAGAGAUCUGAGGAAAAUCUUAAACGUCUAAGAAGUCCCUCAUCCGAAAUCGACACGAAGACUAACGAAAAACAAAAAAAUAAACCAAGAAAACCGAAGAGAGUAAAAUCCGAUGAAAGGAGUAAUACCUCGAAAACAUCAUCGAUAUACCACGAUACUGUUCAAGAAGGAACUGUUGAAAAUAAUAAUAAAGAGAAUACCAGUGAAAUGGACCGGACCUACAACGUUAACAACCAAACAUAUAAUGUUCAAAAGUCAAACAAAGCCGUGAUUUCUGAGAAUGAAAAAAUGAACUUGUGUAAUGGAAAUAGCACGGUUGUACUAAAUAAAGUAAACGAAACUGUUGUUUUGAAUAAAAACGACGCGACAGUAAUUGUGCAAAAAGCAACCGUCUUUCAAAAUCCCGUCAACCCUGAUGAUUUAAUUACUGAUGACGAAUCCAUUGUUGAAGAUACACCCCCUGUACCGAAACAGCAAAUAAAGGCUAAAAAGCCUGUUAAAACAACCAAACAAAUAUUUAGCCCUUUUAGCAACAGUCCAGUCAAGAAAAGGGUUGAAGCUUUUGAAAAGUUAGGAGCGGAAUUAAACGGUUCCGAAAUACCCGUCCGAAUAACAAGAACUAAGAAGAAAGCAAUUGAAAAGGAGGAGGUUGAAAAAAUGAACCAAGCAGUUGAAGAAAAUAAAGCGUCAAAAGAAAAAUCAAAAAUAACAACUCCAUUGGCAUCACAUCGCUUUCUGCCUAAAACAUUUAAUUCUGUAAGCAAGAUACAAAGCAACAUUUUGCAAAAGAACGCCUUUAACGAGUCAUUAAUUUCAACAAAGUCUGCAAGUGCACUUAAAACUUCUCAAAACGAAUACAAAGAACGUGAACUAAAAAGGCGUGAAAAAGAGGAGGAAGCAUUGCGUAAACGUGAAGCUAUCCUUCAAGCUCAAAUCGAGGAAAAGAGGCGCAAACGAGAAGAAAAGCAAUUGAAAGCGCAACAGCAACGCGAGGCCCUCGAAAAAGACAAACAAAAAAUGCUCGAAGAAACAGAACGUCUAAAAGAAGAAAAACAUAAACAACUUUUGGCCGAGAAAGAAGAAAAGCAACAGAGAUUAAGAGAAGAAGCCAACAGAAAACGCAUGUUGGCUUUGCAAAAGGCCAAAGAGAAAAAAAAAGAAGAAGAGAUGUGGAAAAAAAUGGAAGAGGAAGAACAGAAGCGAAAAUUGGAGGAAGAAAAGAAAAAAAUGGAAUGGAGGCCUAUUAAUGUUAGUAAACAGAAUAAUAACGACGAUCAGCCCAUUUAUCUUGUUCAGGAGGCGCCCUUAUUGCCUACUGAUGAUUGUUACGACUCAGAUGAUUCAAGAAGUAACUAUAAGAAGGUUGUUCCACAUUGGGCAACAAAGGCCGAAAUCUAUAAAAUGUGCCGAGCUAUGUUCUAUGCGGGCGAUCAAAUAAAGAAUUCAUUUUUCCGAUGUAACGCUCAGUCACCUGAUUUACGGAAAAUAUUCUACAAAAUAGACUCCCGUAAGCUAAAGAGAACGUCUAGUGCGGUAUGGCACGAACCUCCACGGUACACACAAUUACAACGGCCUAAUGAGAUCUAAAUAAUGUUUUAUCGUCCAUAUUAAUCAAUUCGUGUUUUUUUACACGUCCCAAAUUUUCCUUGACAUAAAUAAAGCAGGCAAUUGUACCCUGGUUUCUCCUGCAGUCUUUUUAUUUUUAGCAAGUAAAACGUGAAUUUUAUUUUAUUCUUAAAUAUACAGGUAUGCUCUUUUACAAUUGUUGAGUAAAUACACAUCGAAUGUUUGGAAUUUUAGAUACUUAAAUAUUUUAUAUUAUUACAUAUUUAUCUUUCCUUCCUGCUAAACAACAUAAAAUAAAUUACUUAUAAACUAAAGUUUGCAGUUGUACAAACCUCGGUGUAUUUACUGAGAGCAAUUGUUAAGUAUUACUAAAUUAUAAACAUGCUCUAUUUUAAUUGUUAACAUACAUUAUAGCAAUAUUUAUGUGUUUUGUUUCCUUAACUUUUUAUUUCAUGUACGAUGUAUUAAAACGAUACAAUAAAAGCUUUUGUUUGCAUAAAGAAAGUAGCGACAAAUAGCUUCUGUUGAGUUUCUUGGACCCGUAAAAUAAAAUAAAAUUUGAAGUGUGUACCUGAAUGUAAAUUCUUUGCUUGACAUGUAAUAAUUAUUUCAAUUCUAAUAACUGUAAGU